AUGAAGACGAAUGAGGAAGCAGAAGUCUGUACUACACAUAAAAGCUAUAAAGGUGCCUGGUUCAAAGCGGUUUUGUUAGAAGACAUUAUGCCCUCGUGCUCACGACCAAAGAAGAAAUUCCGUGAUCGUUACCAAGAUUAUGUUCGAGAUGAUAACACUCCUCUAAUUGAAUCACUCAAUCGGAAAUCCAUUCGACCUGUGCCGCCAGAGGAAGUAUUUAAGGAUGUUGUUUUGGAAAAAGGAACUGUUGUAGACGCCAAUUGCGAUCUUGUGUGGUGGACCGGUGUGGUUGUCAAGUUGGAAGAUAAUAAUUUUUUUGUUUUAUUUGAUUCCCCACCACACAUAGUCCUUUUCGAGAAAAAGUAUUUGCGGGCUCAUGUUGACCGGGAAGGUGACAAUAAAUGA